AAGAAGAAGUGAACUUUAUACAGGAUUGUUUUUGAAAAAAGUGGGGGUGGUCCGAUGUUGGAAUACCAGUUGUUUCAGAUUUUACUGGACAUGAUCAUGGGCAGUACGAUAGUGAAAUGUGCAGCUACAGACCUGGGAAUCCAGUGGGCUGGAUGGGCCAUAGCAGCAGCUCUCAAAACCGAGAAGUUCUAUGACUUAGCAGGUAAUAACACUUGAUUUAAGCCUACAGGUAUGUUAAUUCUCGCCGAAGCGUUUUGUUUGUUUUGUGAAUCGCUGUGAUUUCAUAUUGUAAAUGGUUGAUUAAAUCACCCAGUGUAUUCGGUUUUGUCAUAAAAUGUAAACAUUCGUUCGGUCAAACCAAACGUAUGCAUUGGAAUCAGGCAGUGUUUUUCAUUAAAGUAUAGCAUGUUGUAUCUGAUGAAUAUCAAUGUUACAAAACCACUGUUAUCUAAAUGGCUGUGUUGUAAAACAACUCGAGGACUCCUCCCUCAUUCAUAGUUAAGCUUGUUAGUAGCCUCCGGAAAUCGGCUUAGUUCAUCAUUACGACCAACUGACUUCAGUUUUACAAGCCUCCACAAAAGGGUUACAAUAAGGCCAGAUAAUGCUGAAACAAUCAUCGAUUAACUGAGCUUCGAGCGCACCAGAUGAUUUGACACAUGUUCACAUUUUAGCGCGAGAUUGGUGUUAAUUGUGUAGGACUAUCGCGAGAUGUUUGUCACAUUGUUAGGUUGUAGUUCGCGCGACUGCAAUUGGUGCAGUAGUCCCAACUCCGGUCCUCGAGUACCCCGUUUUAUUGUAGCCCGUCUUUGUCGAUCUUCCGACAAUAGCAAUGGUAAACCAAAUAAAGCAUCAGUUAUGUAAGUCCAUGCAUUUGAAGGAUUGAGUGAGGUAAUUGUUGUAGGGUUUUGCAUUAGUACAGUAUAAUAGUGUCGACAUCUAUAUGAACUGUCAAAGUUCAAUGGGCAAGUCAAAACUUAUAGGACAGUAUGUGCCAUUCAGAAAUAACAUUAUUUACUUCACCGUUAGUUAUGUAAAACACUGCAACUUACCUGUAGACACUGAUGAAUGGGCAUUCCUUGUCAAUGCAACAAAUUCAGUACAUUUCUUGACAAGCUUCUUAACUUGCCUUCUUGUGCCGCUCCUCUGUGAUCUGUCUGUGCUCUUGGAAAGUUUUACGCUUGUACUUUGGAGCCGAUUGUCACUCCAUCUGUAGGCUCCUGGGUAAAAUAUUCAUUGAACACGCCUUACUGUGCAACUUCUGUGUGAUAGGGGUGGGCAGAGCCAUGUACCAUGCCCAAAGGGACAAGUAUUGUGCCCUUGAACCUUGAUGAUUGUAUUUUUUAGGGUCUGGCACAUUUAUAUUACUCGCCCACCUGAGUCGCUAUUGGGGAGGGACUCAUCAUUUGAGGCAAAAUGUGCAGACUGGAUUGGUGACAGCAUGGGGAGUAAGGUAAGCUUGACAGGGUGACAGCAGGGUCUCCAAUCUAAUGAUAUCUGCUAUUCCCAACAAUGUAUUCCCAUCCUAACAAUGGAGAAGAACAAAAAGCUAUAAACACCUGCAGAGCUUUAGUGUUCUCUAACCAUUUACUUUUCAUUCAACAAAGUGUUGUAUCAGUUUAGUAGUCUUAUCCAAGGCUGAGGUUUGGCCCUUCCCAGUUGCAGAACCCUCUAAGGAUGUGACUCAUUAAAGUUGAGUUAAUGAAUAAUGGCAGGGUUAAUGUGAAACUAAUGCCUAUGUUCUAACUUCUGCAGGCUUGGAACAUUCCUCUUCAUGCGGAUCUUGAAGGACGGCCAGGAUCGCAGGUUUAACAAUGUCAGAGACAGCCCAGGGACAUUCUUUGUGUACUGGAGUGUUCAAGGUACUUUGAAUCAUAAUGGUCGCCGGCUUUUCUUUUUCUCACUCCGCCACCACAGCAGUUAUUUUCUAUCAUCCUUGAGCAAUCCACUUUAAUUCACUGCUCAGUCUUUUCGCUCUUUAGAAAUGUAUGAAACCAGAUUAGAAAAGCCACUGAUAUCAGGGUAUUGUGCCCAAAGGGAGAAAACAUAAAUGAGGGUUACCAUUGGACACUGACCGUACAGUACUCUUUUGAAAAUGUUUUCUAUUUUGGACCCAGGUGAAUGUCUUCUUGAGAGUAGGAGCAUUAUCUUGACAACAUGUAUGCAAGUAUUAUUUAUAGAUUGGUAGAAUAGGCCAUUUCUGUGGACUAUUCUACCAUUGGUUCAGUACAUAAUUUCUUCCUCUUUAUUUCAGCUGUUUGGGUGUUCAUGACCCUCCUGCCUACCCUCAUCCUGAACAGUGAGCAGCGAGAUGAGCCAUUGGGCCUGAGGGACUACCUGGGCUGGGGGAUAUGGGGCCUUGGCUUUGCCACGGAAGCCAUUGCUGACCAGCAGAAGUGGUUCUUCAAAGGAGACCCAGAUAAUGCUGUGAGUGAGCUUGGUGGGCUUCUUUGUUUAGGGGACGUUGAACUUUUAUAAUUGUCAUGGACGCAGUUGGGUAGUUGCAAAGUAUUCAUCACUACAACAUGCUGUCAUGCAAACACGACCACUCUCAAACCAUUGAAAAUAAACGUCCUGUAUUUGUAUAUUAGUUUAAAGUAUAUUUAUUUACCCAGAGAAUAGCCUCAACCCAGCCUUUCCAUUCUCUCCAGGGAAAGUUCAUCCAGAGCGGGCUGUGGGGCUACAGCCGUCACCCUAACUACCUUGGCGAGAUACUGCAGUGGUCUGGACUCUUCCUCUCCGCCUCGUCAGUGAUGAAGGGUCCCCAGUAUGCCAGUGUGCUAUCUCCUCUGUUUGUCUGGUUCCUGCUGCGUCACGUCAGUGGCAUUCCCAUCCUGGAGAAGCAGGCCAUGAAGAAGUGGGGCUCAGACCCUGCUUUCCAAAACUACGUCAAGAACACUCCUCUCCUUUGGCCAAUUCCCAAGUUCUGAUGUGUUACAUACUUUCUAAUAGGGUGUUCUGGCACAAGGGGAACUUACUGAACAGGACCACUGUAAUCAUCAAGUACCCAAUUUGCUGGUUGUCUUUGAUAUUCUCAUAUCGAAGUACACAUACACACGCAGAAACUUCAAGUUUUAACUUUAUGGUGUGACACAAGUCACCCAGAUAAAACACCCAGAAAUUCUGACAGACAUGAAUGUUGUACUUGCACAAAUGUUUUGAUAAACAGGUUUAUUUAUAUGCAAUUGAUGCCAUACUGUUGCAUAUGUUUACAUCUGAUACAUUUGUGCUCUUCUGUUUCUCAAAUCCACGAUUUUACCUACCCCACCCUUUUCAGUUAUGUCAAAAGUCCAGUGGCGUAAAGUACUACUUAGUUUUUUGGGGUAUUUGUACUUUACUAUUUAUAUUUUUG